CUCCAGCUUACCUCGUUAUCACAAUGGAGAGGCAGAACAAAAAUCUCAAGCUGUAUUUAAGUGGGUCCUAUGUCCCUACUGAGUAAACACUCGCUCUAAGCCCCACAACCGAUUCCCCCUACUGUACUUAUGAAGAAAUGGAGGAUGCUUUCUCUCGUUUUCCAGGCUUCCAGCCUAACCCGUCUCUCUCUGCAACUGAGGAAUUUUCUCGUCUAGCAUAUCAUAUGAAUUGGACUACUGGCUCCAAAAAGUACAGAAAAGAAAGGGUCAAAUUCGCAAGCACUGAGUUUGAACGUUAUUAUCAUAUUGGCAAUAAACUUCAAAACUACCGAGCUCUUUGUCAGGAGUUGCGGGUCGAGGGGCCUCUAACUAGCGUCACACAGUGUCGAAAGGCUCUUGCUAAAGUGCAUGUCAACAUAUUUGAUCUGAUCGAUUCUCGCCGCACAGGAGCGGCGGUUCAAAGGUUUCCUAACCAAGCUGCGCUCAGGAAGUACACCAAAGACACCGAAAAGAUAUUCCCAAAGCAAGCGGCCAAAGCAGACGGCUUUCUCAAGGAACUACUGCGCAGGAUCUUGUGAUCGUGAUUCUUUGAACGUGA